CUCUCCUAUGAAACGCCACUAUAAAGACAUAAGGGAUGCUCAGGUGAACGGUAAUACCCGAGUGGUGCGUCGCAGUCGUACACAAAGGAGAAUUUGAAUGUUUACCGUUAAGUCAGCGUGAAAAGGGGGUUAUUUUGUACAGUUACAGUCAUAGUUACACCGGGAGCGCUUCUUUUUAUAGAUUACAGCAAUGUGAUGGCAUAUGAGUCGCGUGUAAUGUAACAAUCCCCACCGACGCUCGCUUGCUCGCGCCGCGUUUGACACUCAGUGAGAUGACAGGGACGGAGCUUAUCGCUGAUAACAGAUGAACUAAAGGACUGAAGAUGUCGGACCAGGAUUUUGGCUUAACUCUAUCGACUGCCCCACAGCUACGCAGGGGCAGCACCCCCUUGCCGAUCAAGCAUCAGUUAAAGCGGGAAGAGGCGGUGUCCGAGGACUACGAUUGGACACCGGGGCUCGACGUGUCUGGGACUCCACAAAUCAGUGUCAGCGAUGCCCAAGAUUCUCCUCCGCCAAAACCACCCCAGCAAAAGUACUACGGGCCCCUUCGGAUAGUACUGCUGGGUCAAAAUGGUGUCGGCAAAUCGUCUCUAGCACUUUCUCUUGCUGGACUGUCGGACAGAUCACUCUCGGUAGACUCGGAAACCCACGCAGCCGAUGAGGGUUACCAAAGACGAGUUACCGUGGAUGAUGAGGACAGCACAAUUUUAGUAUAUGACAAUUGGAAACAGGACCUGUCCACUCUGCAAUGCGAGGUGUGCAUCCUGGUGUUCUCAUUGACGGACAGGCGCACUUUUCACAGGAUCGCCCAGCUCCGCCUUCUGUUGAGGGAGACGUUGCCGCACACCCCCAUUAUUCUGGUGGGCAACAAGAGCGACCUUGUGCGGUCCCGAGAGAUCACCGUGGAAGAGGCACAUUCUAGUGCAAUCCAUUUUGGAUGCCUCUAUCUGGAACUCUCCGUCUCGCUUGACCAUCACACUAAUGAACUGCUGGAGGCGGCUGUGAGAGCGGCUCGGGGCCACAGCCUGGGUCCCGGGUGGACAGAGGGGUCCCCCACGGCGGCUCGUAGACAGAGUUUGACCAGCAGGGCCAAGCGCUUCCUGUCCGGGCUGGUUCCACGCUCCCACCUCGGCCGAGAAAGGGAUGUGGCCAGGGACAGAGACCUCAGCCGACACCGAGGAAGCAGAAUGCUCAGGCAGAAAUCACGUUCCUGUCACGACCUCAGUGCUCUGAUGUAACAGAAAACAUCUGCGGGAGCAAAGGCGCUCGAUCGACAGGAAAUAAGAGUUUGAGAGAGAUAAAAAUAUGUGAUAAAUGGAGAGAGGGCAGAGGAGCAGAGAAAUGAUUAAACAGAACUGCAUGUGUGAUUGACAGGACCACUGCGAAGAGGAGGUGGUCCCUUGGUGACAUAACCUAAACUAGUAUGUGUGAAAUUAGUUGUUUAUACCAGUCCGUAAGUCAUCGAAUGUGAGAGCGGUGCAGUGUAAAAACAUUAAUACGACAAAACCUUUAAGGAUUUAGUUGUCUGAUAAACAGACAGACAGACAUAAUUACAGCAAUGAUUCGCAGUAUGAGGAUGCUGAGACCUGCUGACUGCGGCAGGCUAUUAAAGAUGAUAAAGUAGCUCCUGUAGUUCCCUGUCGAGAAGCAUGCAGACACAGCAAGCGUACAGGACGGUAGUAAAAGUUCUGUUCUGCACAGAAUAAGUUACUGUAAUUACUGCAUGUUGUCUUUUUUAACUUGUCUAAACUUAUUUCCUUAACUUCUACUGUAGAAGUAGAACCAGAUACAGUAUCCAAACCAGACAUGAUGUGUCGAAUCUUAAGUAUUUUGCUUCUGUCCCUGCUAAGAAUGGGAAUCAAAAUGAACAUCUGAACUAUGGAUGUGGAAAACUACGUAUUUUCAGGAAAAGCUAAUAUAUAUGUUUUAAGGACACCCUGUCAUAAUUAGGCUGGUUUAGGUCUGAUCGAACCAAGUGAUGGACGGCAUGAAUGAAACCUGUGACAGAUUUGUUCUUUCGGACAAAACUGGUUUUAAUAUACAAUGUUUAUUGAUACAGAGCUGCUCAAUUUAUUUACUAAUCUUGUCCUAAAAGAUUGAUGCAACAUAUGGGCGAAUAAAUAACUGCAGGUAUACA